AUGGGUCGCGUCAUUAGAAAUCAGAGGAAGGGCCGCGGCUCUAUCUUCACCGCAAAUACUCGACUGAACAAGGCGCCUGCGCAAUUCAGAACUCUCGAUUACGCUGAGCGUCAUGGCUAUCUUCGCGGCGUCGUCAAGGACAUCAUCCACGACCCAGGACGAGGAGCACCACUAGCAAAGGUCGUCUUCCGUGACCCAUACCGAUUCAGACUUCACACCGAGACCUUCAUUGCCAACGAGGGAAUGUACACUGGCCAAUUCAUCUAUGCCGGCAAGCACGCCAACCUGACCGUCGGAAACGUUCUCCCUCUCGGCUCCGUCCCUGAAGGAACUGUUAUCUCAAACGUGGAGGAGAAGCCAGGAGACCGUGGAACUCUCGGUCGCACAUCCGGCAACUACGUGACUGUCAUCGGACACAACCCUGAUGAGGGCAAGACCCGUGUCAAGCUCCCAUCUGGCUCAAAGAAGGUCAUCAGCAGCAAUGCCCGAGGCAUGAUCGGUAUUGUCGCUGGUGGUGGAAGAACUGACAAGCCCCUGUUGAAGGCAUCCCGUGCUAAGCAUAAGUUCGCCGUCAAGCGUAACUCAUGGCCCAAGACUCGUGGUGUUGCUAUGAAUCCCGUCGACCAUCCUCACGGUGGUGGUAACCAUCAACAUAUUGGUAAGGCUUCCACGAUCUCGAGAUACGCUACACAAGGUCAAAAGGCGGGUCUCAUUGCUGCUCGGAGAACUGGUCUGUUACGUGGUACCCAAAAGACCAAGGACUAG